AUGAAGGCGGCCGGCACGAGGAGCCGGGCGCGCCCGCCGUGGCCCCUGCUGCACCCCCUGCUCCUCCUGCGGCUGCUCCGCCGCGCCUGGUCGGCCCGAGGCGGGGAGCGCGCCCCGUCUGAGCAGCGGAGCGAGGCCACCGAGGAGCCCACGCCGGGGCCGCCGAGGACCUGCGUGGGCGGACGGGGAGCCGCCCCUGCCCGCGGGCUGCUUCCCCGCAGGUGCCGUGGGGCGGGGCCAUGGCCCAGGCGGGGGCCGAGGGGGGACGCCCACUUCCCCAGCGACUCGGACUCGGACCCGGACCCGGACCUCAGCUCUGGCGGCGCCGAGGCGGCCGCGCCGUGUGUAGACCUGAGCGCGGACUCCGAGGACUCCGAGCCCCCCUCGCCGCCCCGGCGCCCCCCGCCCCCUGCGGCCCAGCCGUUCUGCCUCCGGGGCACGAGCUCCGCCUUCUCCCGGCGCAGCCACAGCGUCUUUGACGGCCUGGAGGGGGCGGCCGGCGCCCCCAGGGGCCCGCGUGUCCCCGACUACGUGGCGCACCCGGAGCGCUGGACCAGGUACAGCCUCGAGGACGUGGCCGAGGCCAGCGAGCAGAGCAACCGGGCGGCGGCGCUGGCCUUCCUGGGCGCCUUCAACCAGGACCCCUCCAGCUGCGGGGAGGGCAGGGUGGUCUUCACCAGACCGGCCCGAGCCCGCGAGCCCAGGCCCGAGAGGAAGAGGGGCCUCUCGGGGGCCCAGGGCCCGGUGGAGCUGCCCCACCUGGCCGGGCCCGGGAGCCCAGAGGCUGAGGAGAGGGGCGGCCCCCGGGGACCCGCAGGAGGAAGACACGCCCCCCCGCGGCUGCCCACAGAGGGGCCUCGCCAGGGCCCCCCCGGCGUGGACGCCGUCGGCUUCCACGGCGCCAGAAAGCGGAGCCGGGAGCACUUCCGGAACAGGGGCUGCGGCUGCGAGGGCCCGGCGGCCGAGGGGUGAGCGGGCUCCGUGGGUGACAAUAAAGGUGUUGGGUCUCCUCGGGUCCUGUCUGUCAGCCUCGCUCCCCCUGGGCCCCCAGGCCCGCUCGGGACC